AUGGCCAGGUUCCGACCCAUUGAGGUCAUUCGCGAAACAUGGAAGAUCUACACACCCGUCGAACGGCGAAACAUCGCUAUAUACAUCGCCGGUAUUAUGAUGUACAAGUUUGGACUUGAAGCAUUCAAUGGCUCCGUCAUCGCUCUUGCAACCAACCGCUAUGAUGAACUCGAAAAACGGACGCACAUCUCGAUCACGUUCCAGCGUGUGGGCAUCCUGACUGGACUCAACCAGGCCUUCCAGUGUGUGGGUUCGAUCUUGAUAGCACCUUUGAUCAAGAGGUAUCCAACGAAGAAUGUUCUGGCUUGCGCCAUCUUGGUCUUUGGGGUGAUGAGCAGCAUACUUCUCAUCCUGGACGCAGCAACUGGUGGUAAAUUCGUACCGAAGGGACACCCAAAAGGAGAUUUCAGUUACUACGGAGACUACAACACCGACGGCAUGAUCCCAAUCUACUGUGUGUGCGGUGUUGUAUACGGCAUGGUAGAGCUCAUUCGAAGAGUCAUCCCUCGAGAUCUCGUAGGCGGCAAUGUCCAAAAGCUACGACAAAUGGACUCGCUCGUCCACAUUUUCUACGAGGUUUCAGGCACGGCAGGCGCAUUCUGCACAGCGCUUGCUUUGAUUCCGCACUUCGGCAACAACUUCUCCUUCAUCAUCACACCAAUCUUCUUCGCCGCAGCAUCGUUCCUCUGGUUCUUCAUUCAAGAAGCGGGGCCUCAAGUCGAAAGCAACCUGGUCCUCGAGGGCCAGCCAACAUACGUUAAGGCUGUAGGAAGCGGCUUCUACCUGUUCUUCGAAUCGAUCUGGACCGGCGGCAGGAUCAUCUUCACGCACAGAAAGUUCGUAUGGCUGCUUCCCGGAUAUGCAGUUGCCCUCUACGGGCACCGAUACCUCGAAAACGCAGUCGCGCCCGCAGUCGCUCGUCGAUACCUUGGAAACUCAGCUUGGGCGCAGAUUAUGGUUGGCGGCUCGAACUUUGGUGAACUGCUGGGUGCAUUGUUCGUGUUCAUGUUCACAAAUCUAGUGCAAACGCCGAUGCCCUGGCUGCGUAUCGACGCGCUAGCUCUUCUGAUUGUCUGGUAUCUGCCAUUCUGGCACCCACCGAAGGGCGAUGUAGGGCAGGCAUGGAUCGUUGCAGCGACGUUCCUUCCCAUCAGUUUCGGUUGGGCUGCCGGCGACGUGUCUCUUGCGGCUUACAUUCAAGCGUCGCUCGCACGCAUCGAGUCGGAUACCAAGAAUGUCUCAGCACUUGGCGCAGUCAUGGCUUUCCUCUACAGCUCAUACAUCGUCACCUACGCCAUCGCAUCAGUGUGCUUAGGCACAUACAUCGAUCGAGUAUCUGAUGCGAACAACGAUCAGAUUCAGCCUGCUAUACGAAACGUUGCAGGCAUUCAGUUCACAAUCAUUGCCAUGCUCGUUAUGACGAGUACUUUUGUACCCAAGGGUGCGUUCGCCUUCAACCCCAAGAUGCUCAGCGACGAAGCGCUGGACACAGAUCUUGAAGAUGAGGAUCUGGAGUAUGUGCCUGGCGGGCACUCAAAGUAUAAAGAUAGUCACGAAAGCCACGAGAUGGUGAGCAGAGUGACAGCCGGCGGCGUAACAACCCCACAAGCCGACCUCCUCGCCUCCAAAUCAAAUUACGAGCUCAUCUCCAGUGGCCAGCACCUAGAAAUGGGUCUGCACUUCAGCACCGCCAUGGCGACGGGAGUAAUGAUGAAGCGCGCCACGCAUCGGGCGGCCGAGCAAGCGCGGCGCGACCGUAUGAAAACCGCCAUGGUUGAUCUCGCCGAAUUCCUGCUUGACGGCGAAGUCACGUUUGGCAGCGGAACGACGUGUUUUGUUGUUAUGCGAGGUGAUGGCGGGAAGGAUAGUAAGGAGCUGGAUGGUCAGAGUGUUGGGAUGAGUGAGGGGAGUGGGAAGGGGAAGCCGGGGGAGAAGAGAACGGUUAACAAGGCGCGGUUGAUUGAGAUGGCGCUCGAGAAGAUGAGGGCGCAGGAGAAGGAGAUUGAGCUGUUGAGGAAGGAGGUAGAGGAUUUGAGGUGUGGGGAUAAGAUGGAUGAGACGUAA